UUCCAGUUCCCAUCGCCACGUCAAAUCCCGCGCGGGCGGUGGACACGCAAACAUGAAGUUCUACAUAGACGCCCUCCCCGUGCUCUUCCCCUACCCGCGCGUCUACCCCGAGCAAUAUGCCUACAUGUGCGAUCUCAAGCGGACCCUCGACCGCGGCGGGCACUGCGUCCUCGAGAUGCCCUCAGGCACAGGAAAGACGGUGUCGCUCCUCUCCUUGAUCAUAGCCUACCAGCAGCACUUCCCCGAAAAACGGAAGCUGAUCUACUGCUCGCGAACAAUGUCCGAGAUCGAAAAGGCCCUGGCCGAGCUGAAGGCCCUGAUGAAGUACCGCACCCAGGAGCUCGGGUAUGAGGAGGAGUUCCGCGGCCUGGGGCUGACGAGCAGGAAGAAUCUGUGUCUGCAUCCGAGUGUGAAGCGCGAGAAGAGUGGCGGUGUGGUCGAUGCGCGGUGUCGCAGUCUGACCGCGGGGUUUGUCAAGGAGAAGAAGGAGAGGGGAGAGGAUGUGGAGAUGUGCGUGUAUCACGAUAACCUCGACCUGCUGGAGCCGCACAAUCUCAUCCCCCCGGGCGUUUGGACCUUCGACGGCAUGCUCAAGUACGGCGAGCAGCAGAAACAGUGUCCCUACUUCACCGCGCGGCGUAUGAUGCCCUUCUGCAACGUCAUCAUCUACUCGUACCACUACCUCCUCGACCCCAAGAUCGCGGACCGCGUCUCCAAGGAGCUCAGCAAGGACUGCAUUGUCGUGUUCGACGAGGCGCACAACAUCGAUAACGUCUGCAUCGAGUCGCUCAGCAUCGACUUGACCGAAGACUCGCUGCGCAAGGCCACAAACGGCGUCAACAAGCUCGACCAGAAAAUCACAGACAUGAAGUCCUCAGACGCAGACAAACUCCAAAACGAAUACGCCAAGCUCGUCGAGGGCCUGCGUGCCGCAGAUGAAGCCCGCACCGAAGACGCCUUCAUGGCGAACCCCGCGCUGCCAGACGACCUGCUCACCGAAGCCGUCCCAGGCAACAUCCGCCGCGCCGAGCACUUCGUCGCCUUCCUCAAGCGCUUCAUCGAGUACCUGAAAACACGCAUGAAAGUGCUCAACGUGAUAUCCGAGACGCCCCCCUCGUUCCUCGAGCACUGCAAGGACCUGACCUACAUCGAGCGCAAACCACUCCGUUUCUGCGCCGAGCGCCUGACCAGCCUCGUCCGCACGCUCGAACUCACAAACAUCGAGGACCUGCAGCCCCUGCAGGAAGUAGCAACCUUCGCCACGCUCGUCGCCACAUACGAAACAGGCUUCCAGAUUAUCACCGAGCCCUUCGAAUCCGCAAACGCCACCGUCCCAAACCCCGUCCUGCACUUCACUUGUCUCGACGCAGCCAUCGCGAUAAAACCAGUCUUCGAGCGCUUCUACUCCGUCAUCGUAACCUCCGGCACCCUCUCCCCCUUAGACAUGUACCCACGCAUGCUAAACUUCAACACCAUAGUCCAAUCCUCCUUCACCAUGACGCUAACACGAAAAUCCUUCCUCCCCAUGAUAAUCGACCGCGGCAACGACCAAAACGCCAUAACAACGGAAUUCUCGCACCGCCACGACAUCCAAGUGCAGCGCAACUACGGCUCGCUGCUGAUAGAAAUGUGCAAACUCACACCCGACGGAAUCGUCGUCUUCUUCCCCUCAUACCUCUACAUGGAAAGCAUCAUCUCCUCCUGGCAGGGCAUGGAGAUCCUAGACACGGUCUGGAAAUACAAACUCAUCCUCGUCGAAACGCCAGAUGCGCAGGAAACCGCCCUCGCGCUCGAGACGUUCCGCACAGCGUGUAACAACGGGCGUGGCGCCGUCUUGCUAUGUGUCGCCCGCGGCAAAGUCAGCGAGGGCAUCGACUUCGACCACCACUACGGGCGCACGGUACUCUGCAUAGGCAUCCCCUACCAAUACACAGAAUCCCGCAUCCUGAAAGCUCGGCUAGAUUUCCUCCUCGACACAUACCGUAUAGCACCGAACGAUUUCCUCGCUUUCGACGCUAUGCGCCACGCCGCGCAGUGUCUGGGGCGCGUUAUCCGCGGGAAAGACGAUUACGGGAUCAUGGUGCUGGCUGAUAAGCGGUUUAAUAAGCGCGUUAAGCAGCUGCCGAAGUGGAUACAGCAGGGUCUUGAACCCAAGCAUGAGAAGCUUAGUAUUGAUAUGGCGGUGGGGGCGGCGAAGGCGUUUUUGCGCGAUAUGAGUGUGCCGUGGACGCAGGCGCAACGGGAGGGGCAUUCGAGUUGGGGGCUCAAGGAACUCGAGGCGCAUCAGAGGAAGACGGAGGAGGUGGGGAUUGGGGGGAUGGAUAAUAAGGCUAUUAGGGCGUUGGAGGGGAGGGCGGAGAUUGAGGAGGAGGAGGGGGAUGAGUUUGGGGGCGCGGAUAUGGAUGCUGCUAUGGCGGAUUUGUAG